AAAAUCCUGACUAGGUAGCAGUGGGCCUUCUCUUUGCUAGAGAAUCUAAAGGAGAAAGAGAGUUUCUGCAACUGGAGGGACAGUCGGUAGUAUUAAACUUAGGACUUCUGCCCUGGCAAACAGGAGUGUAGGGAUAAGGGUGGGGAAGGGCCUUAGUGUUGAGAGCCGAAGAGUAUAAAACCAUUCGUUUUGGGGCCAGGCGUUUUGAAAGGCUUUGCUGGUCCUGUUUUCUGCGUAAUUCUUCUGUGAUUACUGACUGGUUUAAACACGACCCCUUGAACAUUAUUGACAAACCUUCGAAACCCGCAGCCGCUCCUUGCAACGUGUAGGAGCCGCCAACGUGCCCAGCAACUGGUCCUUCCGUCCGUACGUCCAGAAGAGCCCAGCGCGUGCACCAUCCCCACCCCCUCUCGCCUCCCUCCCCACCUACGGCUUUCACGCACUCCCGGCGAUUGUUUUGCCCGCUCCCGCCGCCGCCGCCGCCGCGCCCGGCAGAGGAAUAGCAGCGCUUGUGCAAACCGGGAAGAUGGCGGCCGGCGGCGGCGGCGGAGGCAGCAGUAAGGCCUCCUCCUCGUCGGCUUCUUCGGCAGGGGCUCUGGAGUCCUCUUUGGAUCGAAAAUUCCAGUCGGUAACCAACACCAUGGAAUCCAUUCAAGGCUUGUCGUCUUGGUGUAUAGAGAACAAGAAACACCACAGCACUAUCGUCUACCAUUGGAUGAAGUGGCUCCGGAGAUCUGCAUAUCCCCAUCGUUUGAAUCUCUUUUACCUUGCCAAUGAUGUCAUACAGAAUUGUAAAAGGAAAAAUGCAAUCAUAUUCCGUGAAUCGUUUGCUGACGUCCUUCCUGAAGCAGCUGCUCUAGUAAAGGAUCCAUCUGUCUCUAAGUCUGUUGAACGAAUCUUUAAAAUCUGGGAAGAUAGAAAUGUAUACCCAGAAGAAAUGAUUGUGGCAUUGAGAGAAGCUUUAAGUACCACUUUCAAAACUCAGAAGCAGCUGAAAGAAAAUCUGAACAAACAACCGAAUAAGCAGUGGAAGAAAUCACAAACAUCCACAAAUCCAAAAGCUGCUCUCAAGUCUAAGAUAGUUGCUGAAUUUCGAUCUCAGGCCCUCAUUGAAGAGCUGUUGCUAUACAAGCGCUCAGAAGAUCAGAUAGAAUUGAAGGAAAAACAGUUGUCAACUAUGAGGGUGGAUGUGUGCAGCACAGAAACUCUCAAAUGCUUAAAAGAUAAAACAGGUGGAAAGAAGUUCUCCAAAGAAUUUGAAGAGGCAAGCUCCAAGCUAGAGGAAUUUGUGAAUGGAUUAGAUAAGCAGGUGAAAAAUGGGCCCUCAUUAACAGAAGCACUGGAAAAUGCUGGAGUUUUCUAUGAAGCACAGUACAAAGAAGUAAAAGUUGUGGCCAAUGCAUACAAAACCUUUGCUAACCGAGUAAACAAUUUAAAGAAGAAGUUGGAUCAAUUGAAGUCAACCCUUCCUGAUCCUGAAGAAUCACCAGUCCCUUCCCCAAGCAUGGAUGCUCCCUCUCCAACUGGUUCUGAGUCUCCUUUUCAGGGAAUGGGAGGUGAAGAAUCCCAGUCACCAACCAUGGAGAGUGAGAAAUCUGCCACACCUGAACCUGUGACAGAUAAUCGUGAUGUAGAAGACAUGGAACUCUCAGAUGUGGAAGAUGAUGGGUCAAAAAUCAUUGUGGAGGACAGAAAGGAAAAACCUGUGGAGAAGUCAGCUGUGUCCACUUCUGUACCUACAAAGCCAUCAGAAAGUAUCUCAAAGCCCUCCUCAUGUACCCCAGUGCCCGUGACCAUAACAGCAACCCCACCGCUUCCAAAGCCUGUGAAUACUUCUCUUCUGUCCCCUUCCCCAACGCUGGCUUUGCCAAACCUGGCCAAUGUGGAUCUGGCAAAGAUCAGUUCCAUCCUUAGCAGCCUGACAUCAGUCAUGAAAAAUACUGGGGUCAGUCCUGCGUCAAGACCUUCUCCAGGAACACCUACCAGCCCCAGCAACCUCACCAGUGGCCUGAAAACACCUGCACCUGCCCCAACAGCAUCUCACAACCCUCUGGCAAAUAUCCUCUCGAAGGUGGAGAUCACCCCAGAGAGCAUUCUGUCUGCUCUUUCCAAAACCCAGACCCCGUCAGCCCCUGCACUGCAAGGCCUGUCAUCUUUACUUCAGAGUGUUACUGGGAACCCAGUUCCAUCCAGUGAAGCUGCAUCCCAGAGCACUUCAGCCUCCCCUGCCAACACCACAGUCUCUACCAUAAAGGGAAGAAAUCUGCCCUCCAAUACCCAAUCUUUUAUUCCCAAAAGCUUCAACUAUUCUCCUAAUUCAUCAACUUCUGAAGUCUCUUCAACUUCAGCCAGCAAGGCCUCAAUUGGGCAAAGCCCAGGGCUCCCAAGCACUACUUUUAAACUACCGUCCAACUCUCUGGGGUUUAUUGGUACCCACAGUAGCUCUGCUGCCCCAACUACUGAAGUUGCCAUGUGCCAAUCUUCAGAGAUCUCCAAGACAAAGCUGGAAUCAGAGUCUACCUCCCCAAGCCUGGAAAUGAAGAUUCACAACUUCUUAAAAGGUAAUCCUGGUUUCAGUGGCUUAAACUUAAACAUCCCAAUCCUGAGCAGUUUGGGGUCCAGUGCCCCCUCUGAGAGCCAUCCCUCAGACUUCCAGCGUGGCCCUACUAGCACAUCAAUUGACAACAUUGAUGGAACCCCUGUACGGGAUGAAAGAAGUGGGACACCCACCCAGGAUGAGAUGAUGGACAAACCCACAUCCAGCAGUGUAGAUACUAUGUCCCUGCUUUCUAAGAUCAUUAGCCCUGGUUCCUCAACACCCAGCAGUACAAGAUCACCACCCCCUGGGAGAGAUGAAAGCUACCCCCGGGAGCUCACCAAUUCUGUAUCUACAUAUCGACCCUUUGGCCUGGACGGUGAAUCUCCCUAUAAGCAGCCUUCUGAUGGAAUGGAAAGACCAUCUUCCCUAAUGGACUCUUCACAGGAAAAGUUCUAUCCAGAUACUUCUUUCCAAGAAGAUGAGGAUUACCGUGAUUUUGAAUAUUCAGGGCCUCCACCCUCUGCCAUGAUGAACCUAGAGAAGAAACCAGCCAAAUCUAUCCUGAAAUCAAGCAAGCUUUCUGAUACCACUGAGUACCAGCCAAUCUUAUCCAGUUAUAGCCACAGGGCCCAAGAAUUUGGGGUAAAGUCUUCCUUCCCUCCAUCUGUAAGGGCCCUCCUGGAUUCUAGUGAGAACUGUGACCAUCUUUCAUCCUCCCCUGGGCUAUUUGGUGCCUUCAGCCUAAGAGGGAAUGAACCUAGGUCUGACCGGUCACCAUCACCGAGUAAGAAUGAUUCAUUUUUCACCCCUGACUCCAACCACAAUAGCUUGUCUCAAUCUACUACUGGGCAUCUCAGUUUGCCACAGAAGCAGUACCCAGACUCUCCUCACCCAGUCCCACAUCGUUCCCUUUUCUCUCCGCAGAAUACCCUUGCCGCUCCCACGGGCCACCCUCCCACAACAGGCGUGGAGAAAGUCCUGGCCUCCACCAUUUCCACCACGUCGACGAUUGAGUUUAAGAAUAUGCUUAAAAAUGCCUCUCGCAAGCCCUCAGAUGAUAAGCAUUUUGGCCAGGCCCCCAGCAAAGGCACUUCAAGUGAUGGUGUCAGUCUCUCAAACCUCACCCAGCCCAGCUUGACCGCCACUGAUCAGCAGCAACAAGAAGAGCACUACCGCAUAGAAACCCGUGUCUCUUCCUCCUGCCUAGACUUGCCUGAUAGCACAGAAGAAAAAGGGGCCCCUAUAGAAACAUUGGGUUAUCAUAAUGCAUCCAAUAGGAGGAUGUCAGGGGAGCCAAUACAGACCGUAGAGUCCAUCCGAGUUCCUGGGAAGGGAAAUAGAGGACAUGGGCGUGAGGCUUCAAGGGUGGGUUGGUUUGAUCUGAGCACAUCAGGCAGCUCUUUUGACAAUGGCCCCUCAAGUGCCUCUGAUUUGGCAUCCCUUGGGGGUGGGGGCAGCGGAGGCCUCACUGGCUUUAAAACAGCAUCAUACAAAGAACGGGCACCCCAGUUUCAGGAGAGUGUCGGCAGCUUUCGUUCCAACAGUUUCAACUCAACAUUUGAGCAUCAUCUCCCCCCAUCCCCCUUGGAACAUGGGACACCCUUCCAGAGAGAGCCAGUGGGGCCAUCGUCUGUCCCACCUGCCCCUCCUAAGGAUCAUGGUGGUAUCUUCUCUCGAGAUGCACCUACUCAUCUACCCUCUGUGGAUCUUUCGAACCCCUUCACAAAGGAGGCAGCUCUGGCCCAUGCUGCCCCACCCCCUCCUCCCGGAGAGCACAGCGGAGUCCCUUUCCCUACCCCACCCCCUCCUCCACCCCCUGGGGAACACAGCAGCAGUGGUGGGAGUGGUGUCCCCUUUUCUACUCCCCCCCCUCCUCCGCCCCCUGUUGACCACUCUGGGGUUGUACCCUUCCCAACCCCACCGUUGGCGGAGCAUGGAGUGGCAGGGGCUGUGGCAGUAUUUCCCAAGGACCAUAGUUCCCUCCUUCAGGGGACCCUGGCUGAGCAUUUUGGGGUGCUCCCAGGACCCAGGGACCAUGGGGGUCCCACCCAACGGGACCUCAACGGCCCUGGCCUUAGCCGUGUACGUGACAGCCUGAGCCUACCUGCCCAUUCUCUGGAGCACCUGGGCCCAGCCCAUGGAGGAGGAGGUGGGGGAGGCAGCAACAGCAGCAGCGGGCCCCCCUUGGGUCCCUCACACAGAGACACUAUCAAUCGGAGUGGUCUGAUGUUACGGAGUCCCCGGCCAGACUUUCGGCCUAGGGAACCUUUUCUCAGCAGAGACCCGUUUCACAGUUUAAAGAGACCCAGGCCACCUUUUGCUAGGGGCCCUCCGUUCUUUGCACCAAAACGCCCAUUCUUCCCUCCCAGGUACUAAUGGAAACCAAGGGAAAGGCAUUUUGGACAGUCUAGAGAGCAUUGGAAGUAGGAGUUUGGUUUAUUGUUGUUGUUUUUAUUUGUUUUCCCUCAGUUUUUUUUUUUUUUUUAAUGACAAGGGGCCCCCCUUCCAAAUGAAAAAGAUGUAUAUGCUUACAUUUCACUAUUCAGUUCAGUCCUCCCUCCCAUUGCACUUAUCUAUCUUCCCCAAGUUGUUUGUAUUUUAAAAAAAAAGAAAAGAAAAGAAAAAAAACAAAGCUUCUUAAUUUGGCUGGGGACUUAGGGAGUGGGGAGGAAAACAAUCUCUAUUUUACUCCGUCUAUUGAGUAUUAUUACAUUUGAAAUAAAACUUCCAUCAGUACAGAUAAUAAUGUGCAACGUUGGGAUGUUAUUUUGGGCUUGGCUUAUGAAGUAGUCAGUGGAAAGAUUCCUGUCCCCUUCUCUCUCCAGCUAAGUGACUGCUUUAACCAGUUUGGCUCCCUUCCCUGUAUGCUUUGUGCCUUGCUGACAGCCAAGAGGUGUUGCAAGGGAGGAAAUGUGGGAGACAUUGGACCUGUAGGGUUUGUUAUGUUUUGUUUUUAAAGGCAUGUUGAAGUUGAGUUUAUCAUCCUCCUAAAAUCUUUUUUUUUUUUUUUUUUUUUCUUUUCUUUAAUUGGCCUCUUCCUCCAAAGUACUAUCAGGCAGUAACUUUGAGAAGAUACAAACCUUAUUCUAUCCUAGUAAAAUAUUUUCUCUUUAUCCUUGGGAUGAAAGAGAAGGGGCUGGAUAUAAUUUCAAGAUUGAUAGAAGGAGUGACUACAAUGUGUGAAGUUAGGAAAGGAACUAUUAAUGGUGUGAUGUGACCUGCCUACCCAUUGUAAACGAGAGAGGAAACGUUUUUGAGGUAGUUUCACACAUCUUGCACCAAGCUCUUGCCUCCUGCUUUUCUUUCUUGACUUUGUUUUUCCUUCUUCAGUUUCUACUUUUACUUCGGCCAGAAAGAAAGUCACUACAAUUGGCAGUUGAUACAAAAGAUAACUGAAAUAUCAUCCCUGCUUUUUUUUAAUAUAAGAAGCAGACAUUAAUUUUACCAUGGUGCCUCCGUAAUGUAAAUGAUGUUCAUUGGUGGUUUUCAGCAAAGGUUAGCUAUUAGAGAAUGGAAAGUAUUUGUCUUUGUCUUCCUUUCCCCCUUGCCUCAGUCCUGUGUUCACCCCUUCUUGGUAUUUCCAAGGAAGAGACUCAGUAGCAUCUUUCUUUAUAUUAUGCCUCUUCAGAUAUGUCUUAGAGACACAUUACUAUACAUACCUUUACAGAGAAACAGAAGGACCUGAUGAAUCCAAAUUUACCCUGUUCUACAGGUAGCAUUAGCUCCACCUCCCACCCCCAAUAGGAAAUAAAAAAUGUUUCUGCCCUUUAGUCAUUGUACAUGAAGAAGUGCUUUCCGUCUCCCUAGACUGAAAAGCUAAUUUGUAUUUCUACAUCCAGUAUUCAGGAAAAAGACAAUCGCUGUAAUUCGAGUGUUUACAUCUUUACAUCUAGGAACAUUGAAAAGCAAAUGUUGCUUUACUAUUUUUUUUUUUUAGUAUUUUACCCCAACGUACACACUGAUAAUCUGAUGAGUAAAAGCAGUGCGUGUUGAGUUUUUGAAGGGAUCCUAGCAAUUUUAAUAUAUUCUCCCCCAAGUUAUUAUAGAACUAACUAUAGAAAGUAUGGGAGUUGCUUUGUAUUUCUCCAGUGGAAUAUUAAAGAUGGGGGAGCAUGGGCAGUGUAGUGAUAGAUGAUGAUUCUUUGUCUCAGAAUAAACUUGCUUUUCAGAGAUAGAGCAGAUUAAAUCAAGCAUGCACCAUAGCUUGGGGGGUUUUGUGUAAUUUAUUACAUGUUAUUUAUUUGGGCUCACCAUGUGUUCUGUGGUUAGGGUGCUGCAAGUCAUUAAUCUUCCUAAUGCGUAUCUGGUCUUAAGUCAACUAUCCUUUCUUUCUUUGACCCUCUUAAGCCUCUGCUCUGUAGCUGUCCCCACAAAAAUGCAUGAUACCAUGACCUUGUGCAUGGGAUGGGAUAGUAGUAUAGCAAAGUAAAGAAAGUAUAGUUAUGUUGAGUCCUAAGACAUUUGUUUAGAGAAAAUCAUAAAUGAGAGAGAAUGAAGGUAUGAGGUGGGGAAAUUGUUUGACUUUGAAAUCUGAAAGACUUUUUUUUUUCACAGAAAUUAAGUGGGAUUUUUUCAUUCUAGAAUAAAAGAAUGUGAAUUCUUUCUGCUGCUCUUGUUUAAGCUAAAAGUAGUGUUUACUUGAAAAGGCUAUUUGAUUUUAUCUGAAAAUGUGGGGAUAUCAGGAAAGUGGCUUCCUGAAUGUUGGGGCAGGGUAAUUGUCCUCAAAAGCAUGCUGGCUAAUACAUGAAAGGAAGACUUUGUUGUACAGAUGGACUUGUAAGGGUUGGUUUUUUUGUGAGGUAUUGUUGUUUUGUUUUUUAAGCCACAAAAUCCUCAGUGUGUUUCAUGAUGGAAGUGAGGGUUUGUAUGAGACUGUCAGCUAUUUUAAGAAAAUUUGUCUACAGCAGUAAAUGAAGACAACAAUGUAUAUAUGUGAUAUAGGGAAACAAAAAAGACAAUUCUGGUAUUCAUAACAUGGAACAAAGGGGGUUUUAUUCUUUCUGUGUCUGUGAUUUAAAACUCCGUGACCAUGCUCUGACUUUUGUAUUUCAAUCUGAGUUUAAAAAAAUAAACAGGAUAUUUUUUAAAAAAAGCAUAACAUAGUGUGUCUUGGCAAGGACAUGAUUCAUUUGAAAGCAGAAUAUGAGUUGUUACUAAGGUCCUUGGUGUUCACUGUGAAAUCACAGACAGAGAAUUGGUGGAGGUUGUGAAUACACUAGUACCAUUUAAAGUUUGGUGAUACAGUAUCAUAAAUAGGGUCCUUAAGUAUUUUUUUUGUAAGGGUUUACUCUUCAGUCAGCUUAGAUGAGAGCUCGCUCCCUGCUCCCCUCUACCUUCCCAAAAGUUGAGAGUAAGUAGAAUUUGGUUUGAUUCCAGGGUGGGUAAAAUGAGCAGACAAUAGUACUUUUAUCCUUUCCAAUAACAGGAAUACAAUGUUUGUCAUAUAUAUGGUACAGCAAACCUAUCUAGAUAAUGUGAAUAUGCUAAACUUCCUAAUUGCAGAAUAUUCACUAUCAAUCCUGAAGUUAACAGUUCAUGCAGAAUUAAACUUCAGCUGUUACUGUUUUGAAGCCGCUGUAAAUUACUGCUUCCCUCCACCUCCUCUCCCCCUUUUUUUUUAAUGGGUGGGGGUGCUUGUUAAGAUUAAAAUUAGAUAUGUUGGAUUGAUAUUCUCACGUGUUCAGUGUGGAAAACAAAACAAGUACAUGCUUUAGAAGCAACAAUGAAAUCCUUUUGCAAAAAAUGUGUAUUAAUAUCAUUUAAUAAAAUAACUAGUUCUAAAGGUUUGACAUUUUUCUUUGAGAUGGGGCUUUGACUGAGGGCCCCUGGAUUCUCUGGUGAGUGCAAAUAGGAGGGAACUUCUCCAGGAGCUGAAACUGCUACGUUGUGGAGCAGGCCUGUGGUUGGAAAACGUAAAUUUUCUCCAGCAGUGAUCCAACAUGACUGUCCAGGGCUGAAGGUGAAACCAACUACAGAUGCAGAAAGAAAAGCCUGGAUAUAUCUCUGAAGAUAACAAUUGUAUUGGCUUUUGGUCAAAGGGUACGUGUGGGAGAGAGAGAGUGGUGCAUGUGCCUGCACAUUUCUGAGGCACAUGCAAAGUUACCAUGGACCAUCCAUCUCGUCCCUCAUGAUUACUUGCAAUUUUCCGCUCUUCCAGCCAUUCCUUUUUUUUUUUUAAUCUUU